UGCUCUUUGUGUGGGGUGGAUUAGCACCGGGUUGGUACUGGGCGAAACUAGAGCAUCAGUCGACAUAGAAGACGUGGAAAAAAAGAAAAGAAAAACCUAGGAAACAUUGGCUCGCCGUCGCAGACCGCGACACGGUCCGCCCGAUUUAGUUUGUCGCCGGACGGACAUGCAAUUUUCAGCCUGGGGCGUUGUUUGAGUGACACCUCGUUACCAUGACGACCCACGUGACCCUGGAGGAUGCUCUGUCCAACGUGGACCUGCUGGAGGAGCUGCCGCUCCCGGACCAGCAGCCGUGCAUUGAACCCCCUCCCUCCUCUAUUAUGUACCAGGCAAAUUUUGACACCAACUUUGAAGACAGGAAUGCUUUUGUGACUGGCAUUGCCCGUUACAUCGAGCAAGCCACAGUCCACUCCAGCAUGAAUGAGAUGCUGGAGGAAGGACAUGAAUAUGCUGUGAUGCUUUACACAUGGAGAAGCUGUUCCAGAGCCAUUCCCCAGGUGAAAUGCAACGAGCAGCCCAACCGAGUGGAGAUCUACGAGAAAACGGUGGAAGUGCUAGAGCCCGAAGUGACCAAGCUCAUGAAGUUCAUGUACUUCCAGAGGAAAGCCAUAGAACGCUUCUGCAGCGAAGUGAAGCGUCUGUGCCACGCCGAGAGGAGGAAAGACUUCGUGUCUGAGGCCUAUCUGCUCACUCUGGGCAAAUUCAUCAACAUGUUCGCAGUGCUGGACGAACUGAAGAAUAUGAAGUGUAGCGUCAAAAACGAUCACUCUGCCUACAAACGGGCAGCUCAGUUCUUGAGGAAGAUGGCUGAUCCCCAGUCCAUCCAGGAGUCUCAGAAUCUCUCCAUGUUUUUAGCGAACCACAACAGGAUCACUCAGUGCCUGCAUCAACAGUUGGAGGUGAUUCCCGGCUACGAGGAGCUUUUGGCAGACAUUGUCAACAUCUGUGUAGACUAUUAUGAGAACAAAAUGUAUUUGACGCCUAGCGAGAAACACAUGCUGCUUAAGGUUAUGGGCUUUGGUCUGUACCUGAUGGAUGGGAAUGUGAGUAAUAUCUAUAAACUAGAUGCCAAAAAGAGGAUCAACCUGAGCAAGAUCGACAAGUUCUUCAAACUGCAAGUGGUGCCGCUGUUUGGAGACAUGCAGAUCGAGUUGUCACGCUACAUUGAGACGAGCGCACACUAUGAAGAAAACAAGUCCAAGUGGACGUGCACUCAGAGCAGCAUCUCUCCGCAGUACAACCUGUGCGAGCAGAUGGUGCAGAUCAGGGAUGACCACAUCCGUUUCAUCUCCGAGCUAGCGCGCUACAGCAACAGCGAAGUGGUGACCGGCUCGGGCCUGGACAGCCAGAAGUCAGACGAGGAGUACAGGGAGCUGUUCGACCUGGCUCUGAGGGGUCUGCAGCUGCUGUCUAAGUGGAGCACGCAUGUCAUGGAAGUUUACUCAUGGAAACUGGUACAUCCCACGGAUAAAUUCUGUAAUAAGGACUGUCCAGGCACGGCGGAGGAGUAUGAGCGAGCCACACGUUACAACUACACCAGUGAAGAGAAGUUUGCCCUGGUGGAGGUCAUUGCCAUGAUCAAAGGGCUGCAGGUUCUGAUGGGCCGAAUGGAGUCUGUGUUUAACCAGGCCAUUAGGAAUACCAUCUACGCAGCUCUGCAGGAUUUUGCCCAAAUGACCCUUAGAGAACCUCUGCGCCAGGCUGUACGCAAAAAGAAGAACGUUCUCAUCAGCGUUCUCCAGGCCAUUCGAAAAACUGUCUGUGACUGGGAAGGAGCCAGGGAACCUCCAAAUGACCCCUGUCUGAGGGGUGAGAAGGACCCGAAAGGCGGGUUUGAUAUCAAGGUGCCUCGUAGAGCCGUCGGACCCUCCAGCACACAGCUGUACAUGGUACGCACCAUGCUGGAAUCCCUAAUAGCAGACAAGAGUGGAUCCAAGAAGACUCUGCGGAGCAGCCUUGAUGGACCCAUAGUCACAGCCAUAGAAGACUUCCACAAGCAGUCCUUCUUCUUCACACAUUUGCUCAACUUUAGUGAGGCCCUGCAGCAGUGCUGUGACUUGUCCCAGCUCUGGUUCAGAGAAUUCUUCCUGGAGCUCACCAUGGGCCGCAGAAUCCAGUUCCCCAUUGAGAUGUCCAUGCCGUGGAUCCUCACUGACCACAUCCUGGAGACCAAGGAGCCUUCCAUGAUGGAGUAUGUGCUGUACCCUCUAGAUUUGUAUAAUGACAGUGGCUACUACGCUCUCACCAAGUUCAAGAAACAGUUCCUUUAUGAUGAAAUCGAGGCUGAGGUAAACCUCUGCUUUGAUCAGUUUGUCUACAAGCUAGCAGAUCAGAUAUUUGCCUACUACAAAGCAAUGGCUGGAAGUGUCCUCCUAGACAAGCGCUUCAGAGCUGAGUGUAAAAAUUACGGCGUAAUCAUCCCGUAUCCUCCAUCAAACCGCUACGAGACGCUGCUCAAACAGAGACACGUGCAGCUGUUGGGUCGCUCGAUUGACCUGAACCGUCUGAUUACCCAGAGGAUCUCUGCAGCAAUGUACAAGUCCCUGGACCACGCCAUCAGCCGCUUUGAGAGCGAGGAUCUUACCUCUAUAGUGGAGUUGGAAUGGCUGCUGGAGGUUAACAGGCUAACCCACCGCCUCCUGUCCAAGCACAUGACGCUGGACAGCUUUGACGCCAUGUUCCGCGAGGCUAACCACAAUGUCUCCGCCCCCUAUGGACGAAUCACUCUCCACGUCUUCUGGGAACUCAACUUUGAUUUCCUCCCCAACUACUGCUACAACGGGUCCACGAACCGCUUUGUACGGACGGCUAUUCCCUUCACCCAGGAGCCUCAAAGAGACAAGCCAGCCAACGUACAGCCUUACUACCUGUAUGGGUCUAAGCCUCUCAACAUUGCAUACUCCCACAUAUACAGCUCCUACAGAAACUUUGUUGGCCCGCCUCACUUCAAGACCAUCUGCCACCUCCUUGGUUACCAAGGCAUCGCUGUGGUGAUGGAGGAGCUGCUUAAGAUUGUCAAGAGCCUGUUACAGGGCACCAUACUGCAGUAUGUAAAAACCCUGAUAGAAGUCAUGCCCAAGAUCUGCCGCCUACCGCGCCACGAGUACGGCUCCCCAGGCAUCCUGGAGUUCUUCCACCACCAGCUUAAGGAUAUCAUUGAGUAUGCUGAGCUAAAGACGGAUGUCUUCCAGAGCUUAAGGGAGGUGGGAAACGCCAUCCUCUUCUGCCUGCUCAUCGAGCAAGCUCUGUCCCAGGAGGAAGUGUGUGACCUGCUUCACGCCGCUCCCUUCCAGAACAUUCUUCCCAGAGUCUACAUCAAAGAGGGAGAGCGUCUGGAGGUGAGGAUGAAGCGGCUGGAGGCGAAGUACGCCCCUCUCCACCUCGUGCCUCUAAUUGAGAGGCUGGGAACCCCGCAACAAAUUGCCAUUGCGCGGGAGGGAGACCUGCUGACCAAAGAGCGCCUGUGCUGUGGCCUUUCCAUGUUCGAGGUCAUCCUAACGCGAAUCCGCAGCUUCCUGCAGGAUCCGGUGUGGCGCGGUCCUCCGCCCACCAACGGUGUGAUGCAUGUCGACGAAUGUAUGGAGUUCCACCGCCUGUGGAGCGCCAUGCAGUUCGUCUACUGCAUCCCCGUGGGCACGCACGAGUUCACGGCAGAGCAGUGCUUUGGGGAUGGGCUGAACUGGGCCGGCUGUGCCAUCAUCGUGCUGCUGGGACAGCAGCGUCGCUUUGACCUCUUCGACUUCUGCUACCACCUGCUCAAAGUCCAAAGGCAGGAUGGCAAGGACGAGAUCAUCAAAAAUGUGCCGCUGAAGAAGAUGGCAGAUCGCAUCAGGAAGUACCAGAUCCUCAACAAUGAGAUAUUUGCCAUCCUGAACAAGUACAUGAAGGCAGUGGAGACGGACAGUUCCACUGUGGAGCAUGUUCGCUGUUUCCAGCCUCCUAUACACCAAUCCCUGGCUACCACUUGCUGAAAAGACCUUUGAAAAUUGUACACACACACACAAGUGAAGACACAUUCCCCUUAGCUGUGAUGCUAAUUUCUGCCUCUUACUGCUCUUUGUGAGGUGUAAGGUACCACAAUAGCUCCCCAUUGGCUGUAAGAAUCCAAAGACACGUCUCCUCAAACUGUUCCUCUAUUUAAUACAAAUGAGUGUCUUUGGGUUCUUACGAGAAGCGGAGCACCCCAGAGGUAGAAGUGUAUAGUCACGUCUCUUCUUUUUAUUUCCUCGUUUGUGUGGCUUCCACUCAAGACUCGUGCAUGCCUUCUCUUACUCCUUCAGUUGCUUACCUGUUCGCUGGACCACUGAUACAAAUGCCAAAAGAGACAAAAAUUAGACUAUCUGAUUUUAAAAAAUGUGAUAUGAAACGGCGCAACAAAUAACAAAUUUUCCAAAUUAUAUAGAUAUAGAUAUAUAUAAAUAUAUUUAAGUCCAACAUGGUGCUCUUACGUGAUCCGACGUCUCCCAACAGUACUCGCACAGGCACCAGUACACCUGUGCGAUCUCUACGCGUGUCCUCUAUUAAGACCCAAACUUGUUUAUCGUGAUGCAUCUGUAUAAUAAUCUACCCACUGUCCAUGAUACAAGGCGUCUGUCAUGACGCGUUUAUAUACUUUUCAUUACUCUCACACACGGCCUGCUUUUCAGAGGAGCGGAGGUACACUGCAUCUUUGAUUUGCCUUCAGUUUACCUGGUUUUUCGUCGGCCUCCUGACACGCUUUUACUCGGUAACCAGUUCCACUGUAAAUUUCACCGUUGAACAAAGUGAAGUGUUGAGUGUCGUAAUUGUUCUUUGUUUUUAAUUAUUAAUAUUUUAAUUUAACCAUCCUUUGCAUACUUGCCUCUCUUCUAUUGACUGGAAAACCUCAUCGGUAGUUUUUUUUUAUUUAUUUAUUUUGUUUUGUCCCCUCCUCCUCUUUUGUCUGUUGGAAAGAUUUUUAUAUUCUGUAUAUGAAUACAGUGAUAUUAUUUACAGUUUGCAAAAAGACACACAGUCAUCUGAGUAAAUGUGUUUGCUUUUUCAAGAGUUAAAAAGGAACAAAAAGAUUAGAAAAUACCUCUAGGUUGUAUAAAGACAGUGCUGUACUAGAUUAACCUGUUUUGAGUAUGAAUGGGUGAAGAUGAAAUAUUCUCCUCAUACAGCGAAGGAACAAAUAAUUAAAAAAAGAAGAAGUAAUAAACUAAAAUGUCAGUUAUGAUUAAAGGGCAGUUUCCUAAAUAUAGUCAGUAUUUACUAUUGUGGGACUCUUUGCUUUAGAUUUAGCAGUGUUAUCAAAAUAUGCAAAAACUUUGUCCCUAUUUUUUUCUUAUGAAGAAAGACAAAUGAAGUAACCCUCUUCAAAGCAGCCUUCUUUUUUCUGCUCCGUUUUGAAUGAAGAAAGUUUCUUUUGUAACUCCGGUGUCUUUUUAGCGUAUUUAUUCAAGUCUGACUUGCGGUUCAUUUAAAGGUUGAUCUCGUCAAAAUGAAGGGUACCGGCGUGUCAUCUCGAAACCUUAGCAUGGCAAAUGUAAUUUAUUGUCAUCAAUGGCUCCAUUUGUGACAUGAGGCUUUGUUUAUGAUAUUGUUGUACAAGUGACCAUGUUUUGAAGUACAAAAAAAAAAGUGGAGAAAAAGAAUAUAAAAUGUACAACAAUGUUCCUGCAAAGGAUUUGAAAUUAUGUUGUAUUUCCAUGAAAUAAAAAAUGUUUAACUGAAAAAAAA